AUCCAGUCCCAUAACCCUAAUUUGAGGACACACUCUGCACCCAGGUUUUAGGGUUACGGAGGGACUGACGAAGAUGAAGAACAAAAAACGAAAGGGUAGUGUUGCGGCAGAGAGUGAUGAAGUUGUUGAAGAUUUGGGGCGUGUGAUCGACGAGCAUACCCUUUUCUUUGACAAGUUGAUUGAGUUGAUUCCCGCCAAGUUUUAUCUGCCUACUGAUGAUAAGGAGAAGCCAUGGUUUCAGGGUCUCAGCAAGGUUGCAAAGGCUGAGACGAAGAAAGAGACUAAGGAGAAUAUCAAGAAGUCUAGAAGGGACCGUUUGGAUCCCGACAAAUCCUCUAUGACUACCCUUGACCUUCUCAAGGAAAGUUUGGGAAAAGAAAAGGUGGAUGACAGUGAUGGAGUACAGGUGGCAGCAGUGGCUAAACCUCUUGUGUCUGGAUUGAGAGGAGAUGAUCGGUCUGUGACUUAUGAAGAGCUUCGGCAAAGGCUUCAUCGCAAACUUGAAGAGUUUCGGGCAGGUGUAACCUUCUUUCACGUUCCAUGUUAACGUUCCAUGUUAACGCUCCCACAAUUGGAGUGACUCGGUCUCUUAACACGCUUUCUGCUGGUGGUGUUAGCAGUUGCCUCGGCAAUGGUUGAAGGGUGAAGAAAAGAAGAAGAAGGUGGGAUUUGAGAGAAUGGUGGCAUGGUAGAGUGAGUUUCGGUUUCCUUUUUCGUAGUGUGACCUUGCAUCUUGGUCAAUAAUAUACAUCAUAUACUUUAUUUAAUUAUCUCUCUUCUCGCUAUAUACCAAGCAGUUUAGUUUUGUUUUGUUCUGUUUUGUUUUGUAUCGUAUCGUAUUGUAUUUCUGGAGUGAAAUUGAGAAAAAGAAAAAGCUGGGGUGGUUAAGAUCAAUCAUUGGUUUGAUUUGAAUCGAUCUGCUAGUACGUACCUGCUUGCAGAAAAAGAAAAGGCUUCAUCUUGAAAGAUA